AGGUCAGCUUCUCUCCAACUUCAACUUGCUUCUUUCUCAAUCUCCACGUGAACUCCUAGCGUUGAGUUUCUUGACAAAUGGUCUUGUCUUAAAACUUAACUGUGUCCCAAUCUUUCUCAUCCCUGAAGUGAACACCCCUAUCAGGAAUAUUUUCUUUUUAACUUCUUCUGAAGCCACGGAUGGCUUCUCCAUUGUUAUUAAUUAUGCUAGUAAUAAUAUUCUCCUCCAACAUAAUCAGGUCUUUGUCUGAUCCAAGAGCAACAGAGGCAGCUCUGGUAUGCACCAACAAGACAUCAUCACAAUCUGAUCGCCAAGUUUAUGUGGCAAGUUUUCUAGCGGCCAUGGAUGCAAUCUCACCCCUGGUUGCAAGACAAGGCUAUGGAGGUGUAGUCAAUGGGACUGGUAAUAAUACAGUUUAUGCUUUUGGUGAGUGCAUGAAAGAUUUGUCCCAGACUGAUUGUAAUCUUUGUUUUGCACAGUGCAAGACACAGAUUCUUAGGUGCCUCCCUUUCCAGAGGCUGACUCGUGGAGGCAGGCUUUUCUAUGAUGGAUGUUAUUUGAGGUAUGAUGAUUAUAUGUUCUUCAAUGAGAGUUUGGAUGCAGAGGAUAAGACUGUUUGCGGGGUGAAUGAUUUUGGUGGGAAUCAGAGUUUGUUUAAAGCUAAUGUUGCACAACUGGUGAGGAAUAUGAGUGUGGAGGCGCCUAAAACUGAUGGUUUCUUUAAAGGAUUUGUGAAUAGAGGGAACUUGACAGUUUAUGGAUUGGCUCAGUGUUGGGAGUUUGUUAAUGGAACUUCUUGCGAAAAAUGUUUGAAAGAUUCUGUCUCUAGGAUUGGUUCUUGUCCUCCUAAGGAUGAAGGGAGAGUGUUAAAUGCUGGUUGUUAUCUCAGGUACUCAACGAAGAAGUUCUAUGACAAUUCCUCAACCACUGCUCCUUCCGGAAAUGGAGGAGGAUCUCGCCGAGUGGCUAUUAUUCUUGCUGCAACAUUUUCUGCUGUUGCUUUUUUGCUAAUAUUAGCAUUCAUCUCAUUCUUUGCAAAGAAGAGAGUUAUGAAACAGAAAAGAGAAAAGAAGCAACUAGGUGCUCUUUUGCAGACGGUUAACAAGUCCAGGCUCAACAUUUCUUAUGAAACACUCGAGAGGGCAACAGACUACUUUAACAAUGCCAAUAAAUUGGGUCAAGGUGGAUCUGGUUCUGUUUACAAAGGUGUUCUGCCAAAUGGUCAGGCUGUUGCCGUAAAGAGAUUGUUCUUCAAUACAACUCAAUGGGUAGAUCAUUUCUUUAACGAGGUCAAUCUGAUAAGCGGCAUUCAGCACAAGAAUUUAGUGCAGCUGCUCGGUUGUAGCAUCACAGGGCCGGAGAGCCUCCUUGUGUACGAGUAUGUGCCAAAUGGGAGUCUUCAUGAUCAUAUAUUUGUUAAGAAGAAUGUUCAGCCACUGAGCUGGGAGGAUAGGUACAAAAUUAUACUAGGUACAGCCGAGGGCCUGGCAUUUCUUCAUGAAGAAUCAAAGUUGAGGAUUAUACACAGAGACAUAAAAUUGAGCAACAUUCUUGUAGACGAGUCAUUCACACCAAAAAUAGCUGAUUUUGGUCUUGCUAGAUUAUUCCCGGAAGACAAGACUCAUAUCAGUACUGCCAUUGCUGGUACACUUGGCUACAUGGCUCCGGAGUAUGUAGUUCGUGGAAAGUUGACCGAGAAAGCAGAUGUUUAUAGUUUUGGAGUUCUUGUCAUAGAAGUAAUUUGUGGAAAAAGAAACAAUAAUGCUGUCUCUCAGAAUUCAUUUUCUGUCCUGCAAAAGGCAUGGAAGCUGUACGGAACAGGAAAACUAGGCGAAGCAGUGGAAGCAUCACUGCAGGGUAAUUUCAUAAUAGAGGAGGCAUCCAGACUGCUACAAAUAGGCCUGCUUUGUGUACAGGCAUCUGCAGAACUCCGACCGUCCAUGUCUGUUGUUGUGAAAAUGCUGAACAAUCAGCAUGAGAUUGCUCAGCCAACUCAGCCACCAUUUCUCAACUGUAGCAGUUCAGAUAUCAGCCCCUUAAAUCGCUCUGGCACUCCCUACUUUCAGUCUGAUUCAUAUACACAAUCAUCUGGGAAUGACAUGACAGAUAGUUUCAUUGAGGCCAGAUGAAGAAAGAUGGAACCAGAAUUUUUUUUUUGAGUCGCGACUAAACUUCAUCGUAAAUGCAGCAUCCUCUAUUCAUCGACCGGAAAUCUCAUUCGACGGAUCAGCCUGGUUCUCUAAAUAUCCACCUGAGCAAAGAUUAUGGCUGAUCAA